CUCUGCUGCCGAAACUUUAGAAAAAGCAGUGAAAAGGCUUGGAAAUGGCGACAAAGAAAGCUCGAAGCUUUGGAAACGAACUCGUCGAGAGCAGCUUUUUGGACGAAUCGGUGACGGUUUGAUCGCCGACGGCGGUGGCUACUUCUCUUCGGAAUCUGAGUCUCCGUUAAUCCUUUGACGAAACAUCAGUCGCUCUUUGUAAAAUUUUCGAAGAAUCGAGCUUUUGAGUUCUGUGAUCCAUGUCGUCCGAUAUCAGCUAGAGUUUAUGCACUCUUGGUGUUCUCUUCGAGCAAACGCUCUGGUGCUGACAUGGGAGGAUGCAUACUAUGACAAAUGUGAGCAACAAGAUCCUCUGGAGAAUAAGUGCUUCACUGAGGCAUUAGAAGCCUUGCAUGGUGGACAUUAUUCACAUGAUCCCCUUGGGUUAGCUGUGGCAAAGAUGUCAUAUCAUGUGUAUUCUCUAGGAGAGGGAAUUGUUGGACGGGUGGCAGUUUCUGGAACGCAUCAGUGGAUCUUUGCAGAUAAGCAUGUUAACACUUCCUGCUCAUCCUUUGAGUUCUGUGAUGGUUGGCAAAGCCAGUUUGCAGCUGGGAUCAGAACCAUUGUAGUUGUUGCUGUUGUUCCACAUGGAGUUCUGCAGCUUGGUUCAUUAAGUGAAGUGAUUGAGGAUGUGAACGUGGUGAGUCACAUCAGAGAUGUCUUUUCAGCCCUGCAAGAUUCUUCAGUGGGGCAUGUGAAUGCUCCAAUUGAAUGCAAUUUGAAGAUUCCCAUAGCUCAGCCAGAUUUACCUAUAAAAGGUUUAGCUUCUGAAGUUAUUUCUCUAGAUAAAGCUAUAAACAAAGAUGGGCGAAAUGAUUUCUUGCCUGAGUUUUCAUGUUUCCAACAGGGUGGUCAUAGUUCAUAUGUUUUUCCCAUGUCCGGAUUUUGUCCAAAAAGUGCAGUUGAAGUCGUGAAUAAGCAUGAAGAGAUUAAAUUAUCCACAGAAGAGAGCACAAAACUAUUGAAAACAAGAUCAAACAUUGCCAAUUUGGAGAAUCGGGAUAAACUAGGGGUGAAUUUGAUUAGUGAUAGAUUGUGUGAAGGGGAGACUAGCAGCUGGAAAAGUAUGAUUGUGAAAUCAGAGAAAAAUGUCUCUGACAAUUCUCCUAUGAGUAGUGUAAAUUUUUUUAAUGUUGCAAUUCAAGCUGAAGGGUUUGGAGUUGAUCAUGCACAGUUUACUCAAAGCCUCCAUGACUCUGCCUUGAGCAAUAGAUUUAAGUCAGAUGACAUGGAAUUCUGUCAAACUGAGGUGCUGGAGAUUCCAGAAUCUUUAGAUUUGAAAUUUCAAAAGGAUUUUGAGAAGUUGGAGAGUCAAACUGGUUUUAACCAGUUAGACUCAAUGAACACUUUAACAUUCACGGCUGGCUGUGAGCUUUAUGAAGCCUUGGGGCCAGCUUUUCUGAAAAAGAGUAUCUCUGUUGAUUGGCAAGCCGAGAAUACUGAAGCUGGUGCAAAUAUUGAAAUGCCAGAGGGGAUGAGCAGCAGCCAAUUGACAUUAGAGUCUGGCUCAGAGAAUCUCCUAGAAGCAGUAGUAGCUAAUGUUUGCCAUAAUGGAAAUAAUAUGGAUGGUGAGAGAUCUUUCUGCAGAUCAGUGCCAUCAUUGAUGACAGAUGAAAAUAUGCCAGAGCUUUCAAGCCAAACCAAGUGUACCAUUAAUUCAUCUGGUUAUUCAAUUAAUCAGUCAUCUCUUAUGGAAAAGAAUACACAGCACUGUUUGAAUUCUGCUGAGUUUUGUGGUGCAAUGUCUUCAAAUGCGUUUUCAUCUACUUGUCCAACAAGUACUUGUAGUGAACAGUUGGAAAGGUCUUCAGAGCCAGUUAAGAACAACAAAAAGAGGACAAGACCUGGAGAAAGUAGUAGGCCAAGGCCCAGGGACAGGCAACUUAUACAGGAUCGUAUUAAGGAGCUGAGAGAGCUUGUGCCCAAUGGUGGAAAGUGCAGUAUAGAUUCAUUGCUGGAGCGAACUGUCAAACACAUGCUCUUCCUGCAAAGCAUCACUAAGCAUGCUGACAAGCUCAACAAAUGUGCUGAACCAAAGAUGCAUCACAACAGAAUGGGUGUACAAGGCUCAUCCAAUUAUGACCAAGGUUCAAGCUGGGCAGUUGAAGUGGGAAGUCAUCUAAAAGUUUGCUCAAUAAUAGUGGAGAAUUUGAACAAGAAUGGGCAGAUGCUUGUGGAGAUGUUGUGUGAGGAAUGUAGUCAUUUUCUUGAGAUAGCAGAAGCAAUCAGGAGCCUGGGUCUAACAAUUUUAAAAGGGGUUACAGAAGCGCAUGGUGACAAGACUUGGAUAUGUUUCGUGGUUGAGGGGCAAAACAACAGAAUUAUGCACAGGAUGGAUAUCUUAUGGCCACUGGUGCAAAUAUUGCAAUCCAAGUCCACAGGCUAGUAAAUGUGGCUUAACAUUUCUUGGAGACUGCCAUAUUACUCCUCUAUGUAUAUAUAAAUAUAUAUAUAUAUAUAUUGUGAGUGAUUAGUGAAUUUUCUUUGGAACUAUAUGGGCUUGGCCAGUUCUCUUUGUCAACAAACCCCAAUUCCCAUGAGCAAAGGAAGAAGGGGAAAGAAAGAGAAAAGGAAAAAAUUAAAAUAUGUUCAGUGUCUAGAGUGGUUUUUUUUUUUUUUUCCUUGAUAGUGUGUUCGGAGAUGCCUUCUGUUACUGUCUUUUCUUUUCCAGAUUUGCAUCGAACAUCAUUAAUCUGUUCACCAGUUUGACAAUUGAAAUUGUUUGGCAUGCCUUCAGCAGUUCAUUGUU